CAACGUUCUCAUUCCAUGAAUUUCAUUAUACUCUCUCUCUCUCUCCCCUUUGCAGUCAACCGUGAUCGCAUUGCAAGCACUGAGUCUUUCGGAUCUGCUGGUGACUAUCCAAUUAUUGCUACACUUCCUCGCCAUGAUGGACGAGACCGACGUGACAAAAAACAUGGUGAUCCAGCCACCUAUCCAGGAUGGGGCAUGCAAAACCAGUACGGCGGCAAUGAAGAUGGUAAAGUGGUCUCUCUCCCCAACGUUAACGAGACUGACAGAUAUGAUAGACCAGGCUCUCCAGACAGUAUUAAGACUGCCGACUACUCAGGUGGAGAAUAUGACGCAAGGUCCACAGAAGGUGGUAUGCCCAUCUCCUACCUCAAAAGGCCUCCUUCCAACAAGGAGGACAAAAAGCGAGAGAAGGAACAAAAGAAGAGGGAGGAGGAGGAACGGAAGAGGCGAGAAAAGGAGGAGAAGGAGAGAAAGAAAAAGGGCAUAAAUGAUAAACUAUCAAAUUCCGAAGACCGUCUUGACAAAAUGACUGAUGAUGAUUCAGUAAUCAGGGCUGAUGGAGUUCAACCCCUUGCAGCAGACCUUGAAACUAGUAACAACCUUAAGAAUGGACAGAAACCUAGUGAAGAACCCGAAAUUAGUCCUGAGAAAGAGAAGGGAAAAGAGAAAGGAAGACUUGGCUUAUUUGGCAAAUUUAGAAAACAUCCAAAAGAUAAAGAUAAGGGCAAAACACCUCCUGCAUCUCCAACUGAAAAAGAAAUGACACAGGAAGUUGAAGUGAAAAAAGUGGAGGUAGAAGUUAUGGAAACUGAGAAGAAAGAACCCGAAAAGGAAGUUGAAGUGAAAAAAGUGGAGGUAGAAGUUACAGAAACUGAGAAGAAAGAACCCGAAAAGGAAGUUGAAGUGAAAAAAGUGGAGGUAGAAGUUACAGAAACUGAGAAGAAAGAAUCCAAAAAGGAAGUGGAAUCUGUGGAGGUAGAUGUCUCAGACACGAAAGAGUCCAAAAAGAAGAGCGUCCAUAGGUCAUCGUCUGGACUUCUGUGUCCUAUGCGAAAUCCUUUUAAAAAGAGAUCCGAAAAGCCUAGUGUCAAUGGAGAACUCUAUCCCAGUGCUGUGCCCUUGACUGAUGCAUGCAAGUGUCCAGAAGGAAAAGGUUACGGCCUUCCAGAAGCUCCUCUCGAUAAAGGUUAUGGUCCGAAUGGUGUGGCAUACAGUCCUGACGGCAGAUUGUAUGGUCCAAAUGGACAACUGUACGAACCAGACAGAAGAUUUUAUGCUCCUGAUGGCAAAGGCUAUGGCCCUGGUCGCAAAAUAUUUGCUCCUGAUGGUAGAAUAUAUGGUCCUGAUGGCAAACCACAUGGCCCUGACGGCAAGGGAUAUGGUCCCAGAGGAGAGGUGUACGGUCCAGACGGCAGGGUUUAUGGUCCUGACGGAGAAUUAUACAGUCCUGACAGUAGAUACUAUGGUCCUGAUGGUAGAUUCUAUGGUCCAGACGGCAAAGUAUUUGGUCCUGCUGGUAGGGAGUUCACCCCUGAUGGCAAAGUUGUGGGACCCAAUGGUGGGUUAUACAGUCCUGACAAAAGAUUUUAUGACUCUGAUGGCAAAGGUUAUGGCCCUGAAGGCACUGUAUGGUGUCCAGACAGCAGAAACUAUGGUCCUGACGGCAAGGUGUGUAGUCCAAAUAGUCAAGUGUAUGGCCCUGACGGUAAAUUGCAUGGCCGUGAUGGUAAAGGGUAUGGUCCCCACAACAGUGUUUAUAGCCCGGAUGGUCGGGUGUAUGGUCCCAAUGGUAAACCAUACAGCCCUGAUGCUCUAGUUUAUGGUCCUGACGGCAGACUAUUUGGUCCCGACGGCAAGAUAUAUGGCCCUGAUGAUAAACUGUACAGUCCAGAUGGUGGUGUUUGUGGGUCUCCAGGAACAGAAGGUUUUGCACUUCCCGAAGGAAAUGGGUAUGGCCUUCCAGAUCCUCCCCAAGGCAAAGGCUAUGGUCCAAAUGGUGAAGCGUACAGUCCUGACGGCAGAUUGUAUGGUCCAAAUGGACAACUGUACGAACCAGACAAAAGAUUUUAUGCUUCUGAUGGCAAAGGUUAUGGUCCUGGUGGCAAAAUAUAUGCUCCUGAUGGUAGAAUAUAUGGUCCUGAUGGCAAAUCACAUGGCCCUGAUGGCAAGGGAUAUGGUCCCAAAGGACAGGUGUAUGGUCCAGACGGUAGGGUUUAUGGUCCUGACGAAGAAUUAUACAGUCCUGACAGUAGAUACUAUGGUCCCGAUGGUAGAUUCUAUGGUCCUGAUGGCAAAGUAUUUGGUCCUGGAGGCAGACUGUUCACACCUGAUGGCAAGCUAGUGGGACCCAAUGAUAGGCUAUACAGUCCAGACAAAAGGUUUUACAACCCUGACGGCAAAGGGUAUGGUCCCGAUGGUGUCGUAUGUUGUCCAAGUGGCAAAAAUUAUGGUCCUGACGGCAAGGUAUAUGGCCCAGAUGGCUUGGUGUAUGGCCCUGACAGUAAACUGCAUGGCCGUGAUGGCAAAGGUUAUGGCCCCAACAACAGUGUUUAUACCCCAGAUGGUAGGGUGUAUGGUCCUAAUGGAAAGCCAUACAGUCAAGAUAGUCAAGUUUUCAGCCCUGAUGGCAGACUAUUUGGUCCCAAUGGCCAGAUAUGUGGCCCUGAUAAUCGACUGUACACUCCUGAUGGCAGAGUGUGUGGGCUUCCAGAAGGAAAAGGAUACAAAGCUCCAGAAGGGAAAGGUUUUGGACUUCCAGACCCUCAUGGCAAAGGCUAUGGUCCGAAUGGUGAAGCGUACAGUCCUGACGGCAGAUUGUAUGGUCCAAAUGGACAACUGUACGAACCAGACAAAAGAUUUUAUGCUCCUGAUGGCAAAGGUUAUGGUCCUGGUGGCAAAAUAGUUGCUCCUGAUGGUAGAAUAUUUGGUCCUGAUGGCAAACCACAUGGCCCUGAUGGCAAGGGAUAUGGUCCCAAAGGACAGGUGUAUGGUCCAGACGGCAGGGUUUAUGGUCCUGACAAAGAAUUAUACAGUCCUGACAGUAGAUACUAUGGUCCCGAUGGUAGAUUCUAUGGUCCAGACGGCAAAGUAUUUGGUCCUGGUGGUAGGGAGUUCACUCCUGAUGGCAAAAUGGUGGGACCCAAUGGUAAACUGUACAGUCCAGACAAAAGAUUUUAUUCCUCUCCUGGCAAAGGUUAUGGCCCUGAUGGUGUCGUAUGUUGUCCAAAUGGAAGAAAUUAUGGUCCUGACGGCAAAGUGUAUGGUCCAGGUGGUAAGGUGUACGGCCCUGGCGGUAAAUUGCAUGGUCCUGAUGGCAAGGGUUAUGGUCCCCACAACAGUGUUUAUACUCCAGAUGGUAGGGUGUAUAGUCCUAAUGGUAAGCCAUAUGGCCCUGAUGUUCUAGUUUAUGGUCCUGACGGCAGACUAUUCGGUCCCGACGGCAAGAUAUUUGGUCCUGAUAAUCGACUGUACAGUCCAGAUGGCAAAAUGUAUGGUCCCAACGACACCUUGUAUAGUCCUGACGAAAGAUUUUAUUCCCCUGAUGGCAAAGGUCAUGGCCCUGGUGGCUCUAUAUAUGGUCCUGAGGGCAAACUGUAUGGCCCUGAUGGUGGACUGUAUGGUCCAGACGGUAGAGGUUAUGGCCCAGAAGGACAAGUAUACAGUCCAGAUGGCAGGGUGUAUGGUCCUGACGGAGAAUCAUAUAGUCCUGACAGUGCAUAUUUUGGUCCUGACGGUAGAUUCUAUGGUCCAAACGGUAAAAUAUACAGCCCCAGCUAUCAACCAUGUGGGCCCGACAGCAGACUGUAUGCAACUGACAACAGAGUUGUUUCUGAAGGCAGGACUUUUGGUCCUGGUGCCAGUGUACAAGUUCCUGGUGGCUAUGCUCCAGGUGUUAGUGGAUAUGGUCCUGAAGGCAGCAGGAUUUGUGUUGUACCCGGUGUUGCUGGUGCAGGCACUACGAGACAAGAGAAUUGGAUUGACAACAAAAUGUCCUUCUUACCAGUUUCACAACCAGAUAAGACAACUAGAGCUGGUUUCGGCAGCAAGUUCGGCCUAGUGAAUGGCAUCCGGGAUCCACAAACUGGACUUCGCAAAAGGCCUCCUCCACCCGUUCCGCCUAAGUACACCAGAAGCAAUCCUGAGGACCAGCUUGAUACCCAUCCAUAUCAGGGUGGUCGUCUGAGCCCACCCCCCACAAUUGCAACGGAAAGUAUCAAAUAUACCCCAGAUUUAAGUGAAAUGCCAAUAUCUACCAAGAAUGUGCCCAUAGUAAAGACAGAGACCAGGAAAGUGUCUUACCAAAGAGAGGGUGUAGAAGGCCAGCCUAUGUCUGAAGACGGGGUCUUGGUCAGUUCGCAAGCUCAUAGUUCAAAAACACAGACGAUUGAAACAACUACUUAUCGAACUGAGAAGGAUGGAAUGAUCGAGACACGAGUAGAAAAGAAAGUGACCAUAACCAGUGAUAAUGAUGAUAUUGAUUAUGAUGCCGCACUUGCAGAGGCAAUCCGUUCUGUAACACAGAUGAACCCUGACUUGUCUGUGGAAAAAAUAGAAUACAUGAGGGAAAUUGAAGAAGUAAAUGAUAACUAACAUCUUUCAGUAUUGUUUGAGACCCUUCAUGUUACAGUGAGAAUGUGUGCGAUAUACCAGUGUUCACAACAUCUUUAUCGUUUCCUCGAUGCCUGCUAUUACCAUAGCCAAGUGGCUGAAAAACGAUCAUCUGUUUUUUAUUACUACUGCAACAAACAAACAUUUUAAAAAAAAAAAAAUAAGCAGACUUCCUAGUCGGUCUCAUUAUUAUUAUUAUUUCUCUUUUGUCUUAAUUGACUAGGGCAGUCCUCCACCUCUCUAACUGCUGGUAUAGCUGACUCCCAGUAAUCUUCAACUCUUCCCUCUCCCCAUUGCUCCUCUCCUUGUUUGUUUGUACUCUUCCAUCGAUGUGCCACCCUAGGCUUUCUCCUCCAUCUCCCUCUCCACCCCCUCUCCCAUCUUUAAUUUUAUUUUACUUCAAUUUUUUUUUUUCUAAAUUUUUUUUUUACCAAUAGUUUCUGGUUAAUUUUCGACUAAAAAGUAAAAAUACAAGAACAAAAUGGAACAAACAAAAUAAUAAUUGUCAUCUGCAGUAAAGACUAAAAGAUAUCAUUUUGAUGAUGUCUGGAAAUGUCUUUCAAAAGACUCCCACAUGAAUUCUAGUUCUAUCAUAUAUAUGUAUGAAACGAUUUUUGUUACAUAAAUUAUAAACAACAAAUCACACACAUACUGGAAAUUUCAUAAUAAUGGUAAAAAGUUGGAGAGCUGGGGGGGUGUACUUUAUAUUAUUAUUAUUAUGUUUAAUAAUAAUAGUAAUAAUAAUAAUAAUUCCUGUUUCAUGUCAAUGUUAGAGGAAAAUGAAAAUCUAAAGUUACAGAUAUAUAUAUAUAUAUAUAUAUAUAUAUAUAUAUAUAUCUGAAAUCAAUAUAAUAUAUAUAUGGUGGUUGUGUACUCUUUAUGUAGAGUCUGACCACCUCUGUUACCUUAAAUUCAUCAUGGUAUCUGAUGUGGCUUAUAUAUAUAUUAUUUGUAAAUUAUCACUCCAUCUGUUUGAUUUGGAAGAUGAGUUGAUGGAGGAAACAUAUUCUGAUUAUAAUGUAAAAAGAAAUUAUGAUGAUGAUGAUAAUAAUCAGAAGUGAAAUAUAAAUAAGUCUCCAUUUAGGUGUGAGCAUUAGUGUGGCACAUGGAUCUCCUUACACACAAACAUACACACACACUCCCCAUUUGCAUAGUUUCUCUCUGCCCAAGCAUUUUUUUUUUUUUUUUAUAAAAUCCAAAAGACGCUUGAUGGACAAUGUCCUAACUUAUAUUUUGCAGUAAAAUGCCUGGACUUUUUUAAAAUCUUUUUUAUAUAUAUAUUAUAUAUUUUUUUUUCUUUUAAAAGAAAGCACAAAAGACUACACAAAAAAAAUUCUUUUAAAUUUUUGUAUUUAAAUUUUCAUUCAAGAGUUCUCUUUGGAAUUUA